AUGAAACUACUUCUCUUCUCCUUAUUAUUAUGUUUAUCUUUUGCUCAUCAUAGCCAUAAUCAUCAUUCUCAUCAUAAACACUAUCAUAUCGAAGAAAAUGAUCAUAAAGAAAUGAUAAAAAAUACAAAUAAUGAAUAUGGUUUUGGUUUUUAUAUUAAUUGUACUGAAAUGACUAGUUGUAUUGGAUGUGGACUUGCUUUAAAUCAAUGUUAUUGGAAUGUUAAAACUCAUCAAUGUAUUAGUCUUCCAGAAAAUACUUAUCCACAAGAUAUUUAUGCUGUUUGUCCUGCUGAUGAAAUUGCUCUCUUUGAACAACAAUUAGUUAUUACUAUUAUUGUUAUUUCUACAAUAUUCUUAUUAUGUUGUGUUUGUUGUAUUAAGUGUUGUUGUCCAUCAACUAGACGUCAUAGAACAAUAAGAAGAACUCAGAGACAUACUGCUCCUCAUCAACCAGUAGUCCAACAACCCGUUCAAAUUCCAAUGACAAAUUAUUAUAUUCCACCAACUCCAGGAACAUACGUCCAACCUGUUUAUGGACUUGGUCAAGCAUUUUAA